AUGAAGGCCGCAGCUGCAUGCAUGUUCCUAAUGUUGUCACUAAUGCCCAUCUUCAAUGUAGAGUCAGCCUCAAAAAACCAAGUGGACUGCAAUGGCUUUAAAAAAUUGCCACCAGGCCAGGAACAGGUCUGCGUACAAAUAUAUGACCCGAUAUGUGGCUCUGAUGGAAAAACAUACUCCAAUAAAUGCUUUUUUUGCUUUGCUGUUAAGCAGAGCAAUGACAAAAUCAAGUUUUCACAUUUUGGGAAUUGUUGAAUCAAAGCUGCAGUUCAGAAAUAUUCUCUACUUCUUUUCCUUCCAACUAGAAGAUCAACACACAAGACAUCUGUUUUUUCCAGAAC